CACGAUUUUUUUCUGAAUAGAAUCUACAAUCGAAAAAGAAAAACAGUUUUAUUUCAAAAAUAAGUUUUUGAAACAUUGACAAAUAGGGAGCCACGUCAAAUGGACGCACCUCGUAAGGUCAUCUGAACAAUCCCACGUGUCAUGUGUGGCAGAAAAGUACGGUAAAAAUUCAUUCCCUCUGCUCAUUCCUCCAGUUUUGGUGAUUUGCAAUGCUCUCCGAAGCUUCUUCUGUGCAAUCACCGACUGUUUCGAUUCGACGUCGAACUUGUGUCGUUUGUGGAUCCUCGACGCUUAACAGCUACGUCACUUCUUUCACAAGAGUUCCAGACAAACAAGAACAAUGGGUGACUGUGUUGGCGAAUGGAGACGCAGGAUUCGAAGAUCAGUUGAAGGCUUCAUUGGCGACUGGCAGAAAAUACAUCUGCUACGAUCAUUUCGACAGGCAGUAUUUUGCACAAAGGAAGACUGACGACGGAUUUGAAUUGAUCCGGAACAGGAACCCGAUGGCAUUUAAAAACGCUACUUUCAUCCGACACGUGGAUCUCAGAAGCACUUCAUCAUUUGUGCCAGACGACUCAUCAGAGGAACCGAUCCCUGCUAAACGUCUGAAAAUAAUGAGUGAUUUGAAGGGUAGAGGUGGAGAAUUGGAUCCGAAUUCGAUGACUUUCCUGAUGAAAACCAUUUUUCUUCAUGUAAAAAAGACAAUGGAAGAGGCAGAUGAAGCUAGACGGAAGCAUGAGAUUAAAGAAGAACUUGAUUAAUUUAUUUUUUAAUAUUUGAUUUGUAUUGUGUUGAAAUGAAUUUAUAAUUAUUGGCAACGUAA